GUGGUUUCAAUAUGACAACUUUUAGUUGAGUGUUGAAAAUAUUGUGUGACAGAGAGAGACAGUAUUGUGCAGUUUUAUAGUUGUUCUAUUUUAUAUGGUAUGGGUUGUUGAUGCUUCUCAAAGGCGUUGUUUUCACUUUCUUAUAAAGUUCCAUUUCUAUGACAUACCACAAUAAGAGAGCCUGUCGAGAUAUUACAAUCCCACUUGUGUCUCACAAUGGGAAAAGAGAUGAAAACGAUUCCUAUUCGCAACUUUUUCUUUCUUGUUCAACUGUGAGUAUCACUGUUGGAUACAACUUACACCAUUUUCAGAUAUUGUGUAGUGUUUUUGAACCACCUGUAGCAUCUGUGCAGCUUUUCACGUUCCGUACCAUCUUACAACACGCCGUUAGACAAAGUUUCGGCACCGUUGCUGAAGCAGCCAUCGUCUUGGACGUCAUCCGUUAUGACCCAACCACAGCAACUGCUAUCCUUCAUACGUUGGACUCGGAUCAUUCCACACUGUGGUGUGCACUUGCCAUGUUUUCACAGUAUGAACGACGCAAGUGUUAUUUUUAUAUCCAUGCAGCUUCACCUUUUCUCAUUGCCUUAACAGCGCCUAGAAAUCCUUUACGCUGGAACCGGUUGCAACUUGGUUGGGAUGGAUAGUGUGAACCCCAUUCGACGCGCCCUGUUGUAUAUCUGUUGAAGAAUUUCGUCGAAAA